AUGAAUGCGUUUUUAAUAAUACGACGUGUUUUGAAAACACUCAGACAUUAUUUUAAAGUAUUUUUCAAUUUACAAAACAAGAUAUACAUUCUGGAAGGUCAGUCAAAGUUAUCACCAAAUGCACAGAGAAAUUUGGCUUUGGACCUGGACUAUUUAGAAAGAAGAGAACUGGGUCGAACAGCAGGCGUCACUGAUGGCGGUGUAUUGGGAUAUGCUGAACAAAAUUCAAAAAGUGGUCUUACAAAUCAAAUUGGUACACCAGUGGAACCCAGCCCUGAUUCCUUGGACUUAGUUAAAGUAAUUCUUUUAGGUGCACCGGCUGUUGGCAAAACUAGUAUUGUACAGCAAUUUGUAUGGAAUAAUUUCUCAGAAGAUUAUUGUCCAACGGAUCGUAAACAUACAUAUUAUCCAUCAGUGAUAAUUAAUGAACAUCUUUAUGAGAUAAAAAUAAGUGAUUUACCCGUCAUACCAUAUUUUCCAGUCAAUUCAUAUUAUGAAUGGACGGAUUUCCGAUUUUAUGGUCUACGUUCAGCCACCGCAUAUAUAUUAGUUUUUGAUCUAUCCAAUAUUGAUACUUUUCAAUAUGUACGAACAUUAAAAGAACAAAUUUUUGAAUCACGUGAUAUGCGUAAUAUACCUGUAUUAGUUGUGGGUAAUAAACAUGAUUUAGUUGCAGAUAAAAAUAUGCCAGGCGGAUUUAAUAGCAAUAAUGGUAAUAGUAGUAAUUGUUUAUCAUCAAAUAAUUCAUCGUCAUCAUCAUCGAAUCAACACGAACCAUCAGCGGUAGCAACGGAUAUUGCAAAUUUAGUGAAAAAACAUUGGAAAUGUGGUUAUAUUGAGUGUAGUGCCAAAUAUAAUUGGCGUAUUGUUUCAGUAUUUAAAGAAUUAAUGUUAAUGGUUGAAUCGGUUGAAAUGAAAGAGAAUUCACCGGUCAUUGAUAAUAUACAAGAGGCAUUAGAUCGAAAUAAAUGUACAAUUUUGUAA